CACAGAAUCUCGGAAACUGAAACUCUGCCAUAUUCUCUUAGCCAAUUAAUCCAUGGACUCGCCGAAGCACCAAGCAAGCCGGUUCUUGGUGGCCGUGACGGCGGUGCUCGCGGUGCUGGCGAAGCGAGCGAGCCGGCUGCCACGUAAGCUGAAGGCCGUGGCUCCGGCGACGAAGGAGGAGUGGAGAAUCGAGCUGAGAUCGCCGAAGAAGCUGCUGGGCAACAUAAGCAGCAAAACGCUGCCGUUUGUUCGUAAGUUCAAGAAGAAGGGAGAGGAAGAGGAUUGGGGAGACGGUGGGGUGUGGCAGAAGGCGAUCUUGAUGGGGGACAAAUGUGAGCCGUUGGAUUUCUCGGGUGUAAUUUAUUACGAUAGUAACGGGAAGCAGUUGAAUGAAAUCCCUCUCAGGUCGCCACGUGCAAGUCCCGUGCCUGCUUAUUUCAUCCGCCACGGGCAACAACACAACCACCUGUGAACUCUUUUUUUUUUUUUUUCUGUUUGAUUUCGUCGUCACACCGACGAAUUAGAACCGGUGACGGAUAGUUAAAAGGUAAAACUCCGUGAUAAAGGUUGGGCACGUGCUUUUGUUGUCGCACGUGUUCUUCUUUUUCGUUUCUGGGGUUGGAUGAAAAAACAUAUGUAUAGAAUAGAACAUUUGAAAGUGG